UCGAAUAAAUGUUCAAAAACUAUAAACGCGGGUUAAUUGCACACAAGACAAUACAUACACAAACGGGAUUGCCAAAAUGCAAAGGCUGUUAAGAAUACAACAUUCUUUUGGUUCAUUAUUAAAAAAUCUUCCUGCAAAACCAGUUUCUAACCGAAUUUCUAGCGACACCCCCCUACCCCCUUUCCCCACUUUCUCUCUCCUCCAUUUCUCUCUGUCUACAGUGGCUUCUGCAACUCUGUAGCUGACUACUAGCUGGGCAUUGGGGAUUACCCAUUAUCUUUUUCUUGAUUACCCAUUUCUAUCUUCUUCAAUUAAACACCAAGAAAAGGAGAUAUUUCAAAAGAAAAUGUCGAAAUUGGUGAUACCCAGAUUGUUUAAUGACGAAUUCUUCAGUAGAUUGCUCGUAAUUUUGAUCUUGCUCACAUUCUUUGGGUGUUGCACAGCUCAACCACAAGAGGCUCCUGCCUAUCUUCAAUUUACUGCAAAUGCUACUGAAUUCCCUGCGGAAGACUACUAUGAUUAUAUAAUUGUCGGAGGUGGAACUGCUGGAUGUCCAUUGGCAGCUACCUUGUCACAGAAUUACAAGGUAUUGUUGCUGGAACGAGGAGGAGUACCAUAUGGGAAUUCAAACUUGAUGACCCAAGAAGGUUUCUUGUCCACCAUUCUGGAGAUUGAUACAUUUAAUUCUCCUGCACAAGCAUUUACUUCAGAGGAGGGUGUGCCUAAUACUCGUGGACGGGUUCUGGGUGGAAGCAGCGUUAUAAAUGCUGGGUUUUACAGCAGAGCUGAUCUAGAGUUUUAUGCCAAGUCUGGCCUUAGUUGGGAUUUAAGAAUGGUCAAUCAGUCCUAUGAGUGGGUGGAGAAUGCAAUUGUGUUCCGACCUGAUCUAAGAAGUUGGCAAUCUUCUGUUAGAGAUGGCCUGUUGGAAGCUGGUGUGAGUCCAUAUAAUGAUUUCAGUUUGGAGCAUGUUUUAGGAACAAAAAUUGGUGGAUCCACAUUUGAUAGCUCUGGUAGGAGGCAUAGUGCUGCAGAUCUUUUGAGCUAUGGAACAGCUUCAAAUAUAAAGGUAGCUGUUCAUGCAAAUGUAGAGAGGAUUAUAGUUGCCACAUCUUCUGCAUCUGACAACUCGAAAUUAUCAGCAAUCGGAGUGGUGUAUCGUGAUACAAUGGGGCAUUACCAUCAUGCAAUGGUGCGUGGUGAUGGGGAGGUCAUUCUUUCAGCUGGUGCUAUAGGAAGUCCUCAACUUCUUUUACUUAGUGGAAUCGGUUCAAGGCCAUAUCUUUCAUCAUGGGGUAUUCCAGUUUCCCAUCACUCGCCUUAUGUGGGCCAGUUUCUUUACGACAACCCAAGAAAUGGAAUCUCGAUUGUACCGCCAAUGCCUCUGGAACAUUCACUUAUUCAAGUUGUGGGCAUCACUGAUUCAGGAGCUUACCUGGAGGCUGCAUCAAAUGUAAUCCCCUUUGGUGCCCUUUCCCAUUCUGUUUUUUCCAGGUCACCAACUUCUCCUCUUUACCUGACAGUGGCCACAAUUAUGGAGAAAAUCUCUGGUCCAGUUUCAUCAGGUUCACUUAGACUGGCUUCUACAGAUGUUAGGCUCAAUCCAAGCAUCAGGUUCAACUAUUUUAGUGACCCAAAAGAUCUGGAUUUGUGUAUUGUUGGGAUGCGUAAAAUAGGGGAUAUUCUAAGAAGCCGGUCCAUGGAAGAUUUUAAGUUUACAUGGGCUGGAGGUAGAGACUUCAGAUUUUUAGGACCUGCAUUGCCCACUGACCAAUCAGAUGAUGCACUAAUGGGUGAAUUUUGUCGGCGGACAGUGAGCACUAUAUGGCAUUAUCAUGGUGGUUGUGUAGUAGGGAAAGUCGUGGAUACUGAUCUCCGGGUGACUGGUGUCAAUGCUCUGAGAGUCAUUGAUGGUUCAAUAUUGACAGUAUCUCCAGGAACCAAUCCUCAGGCAACACUUCUAAUGCUUGGAAGAUAUAUGGGACUGAAGAUGCUCCAAGAACGAACAAGAUAAGAUGUCAGUUGUGAUCAAAAUUCAAAAUUCAAAAUUCAUAGCAGAGGGUUGGUUUAUGAUUCUUUUAUGCUUGAUUUUUUGUGUGUUCAUACUUGGUAGAUGUAUGAGAAAUCGUAUUGUUAGAUGCACUGACAAGUAUAGAGGUUAUCUGUAUAUGUUUUAGGAUUUGUUCUGUAAUGAGCACCAUUGUGCUCUUAUUUUGGAUCAUGUGAUGGUUAUAUGGCAUACUAUCCAAGUAUGCAUGCAUUUACGAAUUUUGAUCCUACUAUUAAUAGUUUCUUCUUCAUGCA